GACCGGGCAGAGACGCUCCGAGGCAGCGGCAGAGGCUGAGGAGCGGGCGUCAGGUCAGCGUACCAGGGACAGGUCAGCGUACCAAGGACCUGGCGAGCAGCAGCAGCGGUGGCAGCGGCCCGAGGGAAAUAGAUCCCAAAGGAAGACUUCCAUUUGGUAAUUUAAUCAGUGCAAGAGAAAUUAAGGAAUAAUGGAUGUGGAAAAUGAGCAGAUACUGAAUGUAAACCCUACAGAUCCUGAUAACUUAAGUGACUCUCUCUUUUCUGGUGAUGAAGAAAAUGCUGGGACUGAGGAUAUAAAGAAUGAGAUAAAUGGAAAUUGGAUUUCAGCAUCCUCCAUUAACGAAGCUAGAAUUAAUGCCAAGGCAAAAAGGCGAUUACGGAAAAACUCAUCCCGGGACUCUGGCAGAGGCGAUUCAGUCAGUGAUAAUGGAAGUGAAGCCCUUAGAAGUGGAGUAACUGUACCAACCAGUCCAAAGGGAAGGUUGCUAGAUAGGCGAUCCAGAUCUGGAAAAGGACGGGGACUACCAAAGAAAGGUGGUGCAGGAGGCAAAGGUGUUUGGGGUACACCUGGGCAGGUAUAUGAUGUGGAGGAGGUAGAUGUGAAAGAUCCUAACUAUGAUGAUGACCAGGAGAACUGUGUUUAUGAAACUGUAGUUUUGCCUUUGGAUGAAACAGCAUUUGAGAAGACUUUAACACCAAUCAUACAGGAAUAUUUUGAGCAUGGAGAUACUAAUGAAGUUGCAGAAAUGCUAAGAGAUUUAAAUCUUGGUGAAAUGAAAAGUGGAGUACCAGUGUUGGCAGUGUCCUUGGCAUUGGAGGGAAAGGCUAGUCAUAGAGAAAUGACAUCUAAGCUUCUUUCUGACCUUUGUGGAACAGUAAUGAGCACAAAUGAUGUAGAAAAAUCAUUUGAUAAAUUGUUGAAAGAUCUACCUGAAUUAGCAUUGGAUACUCCUAGAGCACCACAGUUGGUGGGCCAGUUUAUUGCUAGAGCUGUUGGAGAUGGAAUUUUAUGUAAUACCUAUAUUGAUAGUUACAAAGGAACUGUAGAUUGUGUACAAGCCAGGGCUGCUCUGGACAAGGCUACUGUGCUCCUGAGUAUGUCUAAAGUUGGAAAGCGCAAAGAUAGCGUGUGGGGCUCUGGAGGUGGGCAGAAGUCUGUUAAUCAUCUUGUUAAAGAGAUUGAUAUGCUGCUGAAAGAGUAUUUACUCUCUGGAGACAUAUCUGAAGCUGAACAUUGCCUUAAGGAACUGGAAGUACCUCAUUUUCACCAUGAGCUUGUAUAUGAAGCCAUUGUAAUGGUUUUGGAGUCAACUGGAGAAAGUACAUUUAAAAUGAUUUUGGAUUUAUUAAAAUCCCUUUGGAAAUCUUCUACCAUUACUUUAGACCAAAUGAAAAGAGGUUAUGAGAGAAUUUAUAAUGAAAUUCCGGACAUUAAUCUGGAUGUCCCAUAUUCAUACUCUGUGCUGGAGAGAUUUGUAGAAGAAUGUUUUCAGGCUGGAAUAAUUUCCAAACAACUAAGAGAUCUUUGUCCUUCAAGGGGCAGAAAACGUUUUGUAAGUGAAGGAGAUGGAGGUCGUCUUAAACCAGAGAGCUACUGAAUAUGAGAACUCUUGCGAUCUUAGAUGUUACAAAAAAUAUGCACACACACACACACGUGUGUGUGUGUGUGUGUGUGUGUAUCUGAAUUGUAAGGGUUGUUAGCACAGUUUUUUUUUUUUUUUAAGCACUUGUUUUGGGUACAAGGCAUUUCUGAAUUUUAUAGACUUAAAUUUAAGGGGAAUUUUUAAAGGAAGUGUUUUCUUUCUUUUUUUUUGACGGUGUAAAGGAGGGACAGAAAAGUAACCACUUCUUAAGUGGAAUGUUCUCAUAAGCUACCUUUUGUAAGUGCCAUGUUUAUGACCUAAUCAUUCCAAGUUUUGCAUUGACGUCAGAUUGCUACUCCUUUCUUUCAAGGACAGUGUUUUUGUAGUAAAAUCACUGGUUUAUACAAAGCUUUAUUUAGGGGGUAAAGUUAAGCUGCUAAAACCCCAUGUUGGCUGCUGCUGUUGAAAUACUGUGCUUUGGGAGUAAAAAAAGUUAUUUCUUUGUCUUAAAGAAUUUUAAGAAAAUGAGUUAGUCAUGAGACUUAUUCAUCUUUCCAGGGAACAUUGAUUGGUCUUAAAGACUAGACAGUUAAGUAAAUGGUGGCUGGAACAUCUAUUUUUCUACAAAACUGGAAAAAUGAACCCGGUUCUAGAAGAAUGUAUGACAAAAUAAAACAUGUGAAGCAGUGUUGAUUCUU